AUGACUCAAUUUCAAGAUUACUCGAAUGAUAAAUUGAUUGAAAAAAUGAGAGACAACUCGAAGAUUUCAAAUAAAAAUUUGAAUGAUGAUUUGAACGCCUCAAAUGAGAAGUCGAUUGAAAGCUUGUUUGAGAAUCUCCUGGUCAAAGAUAAUCAGUCCGACAUUGAUGCGAAAAUGAUCUACCGUGUUGGAGAUCUUGUGAUCGAUAUUAAACCUCCCAACUAUUCUCAAGCAGCGGAUAGGGCUUUCCUGAAAUUGGCUUAUCUGAGAUUUGAACACCAAAUGGAGAGCAUUGUGAAAACCGCACUGAACAACAUGUCGAUGUAUGCUUACAGGCAUAACCAUGAGCGCAGUCGCACCGCGCGUUACGUGGGGUAUAGGAAAAAUAAGAUAUUUCCCAAAGAAUUGGCUCACUUGAAAGAGGAUCAUGAGGACGGUAUGGCAUACUUGGAUAGCCAAAUCCGCAAAGGAGUUCAAGAGGCAAUUCAGGUAGACAAGUUACUGAUGAUCGGCAUCAACAGUAUUGUGCAAGAUAUGGAGGCACUUCUGAAAAACAUAAUCGAUUCAUGUACAAAUGGAGAAAUGAAAACGGCUAUGCGUGAUUUGAUGCACGAAAAAAUUACACUAGCAUACGAGGAAAUUCAGAGUAAUGCCAUCGAUUCAAUCUUCGAGGAAGAGAUACAUUACCAGGACCGCCAAAGUCUGUUCCAGAAGAAACUCCAGGCUAUUUUAGAACGGCGCGCUAAGGCCAGGGCAAGAAGAGCCCAGGAAACCGCCGCUAGCGAAAACAACUUGAAAGACCAGGCCCCAAAAGGAACUGGGUUAGCUGUAAACGGAGAGGAUUGUUAA